GUGCUGUGGUUGUUGUGGACGGGGCGGCAGCAGCGGCAGAGGAGCGUCGACAGGCGUAGAGCGGAGCUGCUAACCGGCGCUGAUUUUUACAUGAUUAAAACACUAAACGGGCACGAAGACUCACGCGGAUCGAUAGAAACACACCUGAAGCGCACGUGCGGUCAUGGAGUCCUAUGACAUUUUAGCUAACCAACCGGUGGUGAUUGAUAAUGGGUCGGGGGUCAUCAAGGCCGGCUUUGCGGGAGACCAGAUCCCAAAGUACUGCUUCCCCAACUACGUCGGGCGCCCGAAGCAUGUGCGCGUGAUGGCGGGAGCCCUGGAGGGAGACCUCUUCAUCGGGCCCAAGGCCGAGGAGCACAGGGGCCUGCUGUCGGUGCGGUACCCGAUGGAGCAUGGCAUCGUGACCGACUGGAAUGACAUGGAGCGGAUCUGGCAGUACGUUUACUCCAAGGAGCAGCUGCAGACAUUCUCCGAGGAGCAUCCUGUGCUGCUCACAGAGGCUCCUCUGAACCCGAGCAAGAACAGGGAGAAGGCGGCUGAAGUGUUCUUCGAGACUUUCAACGUGCCGGCACUCUUCAUCUCCAUGCAGGCCGUGCUCAGUCUGUACGCCACAGGCCGCACCACCGGCGUAGUGCUGGACUCGGGCGACGGCGUGACCCACGUGGUGCCCAUAUACGAAGGCUUCGCCAUCCCACACUCUAUCAUGCGUGUGGACAUCGCUGGGAGAGAUGUGUCGCGGUACCUGCGACUGCUGCUGCGUAAGGAAGGAUACAACUUCAACACGUCGGCCGAGUUUGAGGUCGUUCGCACCAUUAAAGAGAGAGCCUGCUACCUCUCCCUGAACCCUCAGAAGGACGAGACCUUAGAGACCGAGAAGGCUCAGUACGUCCUCCCUGACGGAAGCACUUUAAAUAUCGGCCCCGCCAGGUUCCGCGCCCCAGAGCUGCUGUUCAGACCCGACCUGAUCGGAGACGAGAGCUCAGGCAUCCAUGAAGUCCUGGCCUACGCCAUCCAGAAGUCCGACAUGGACCUGCGGCGCACGCUCUUCUCCACCAUCGUACUGUGUGGCGGCUCCACGCUCAUCAAAGGCUUCGGCGAACGGUUACUGACUGAAGUGAAGAAGCUCGCACCCAAAGACGUAAAGAUCAAGAUCUCGGCCCCCCAGGAGAGGCUGUACUCCACGUGGAUUGGUGGCUCCAUCUUAGCGUCGUUGGACACCUUUAAGAAGAUGUGGGUGUCGAAGCGGGAAUAUGAAGAAGACAGAGCACGUGCCAUCCACAGGAAGACCUUCUAGGCCAAUAGCCCCUCAGAACUGUCCUCAUUGCUCCCCCCCCACCAUCAAACGCUAGAGGCUCCCUGACAUCAGUGGGUCCCUCCUCCCCCUCCUCCUACCUACAUCCACCUGCUUCUAACCCACCGUUGACCUCCUGCUCCUCAACCUGCACACACACACCUUUAUGUGUGCUCGUCUCCAUAUUUACCUCCUCUGACCCCCUCCCCUCCAUGUUCUUCCUGCUGUCAGGUGGUGGUGACAGCACGCUCUGAACGUGACACGCACACCCACACACGCACCCACACACACAUGCACACACACUCGCACACAAACACACACUUGCAUGUGCACACACAGACGUGUGCGCACACACACAGGGCUGUGGGGCGUGCUGGAGGUUGCGGGUGGAGCUGUGGAUGCUCUGAGCUCCACACUGAAGCCUGUGAGGCAUGAUGACAUCAUAAACCUGAAUGUUUUGUUUGCUGAUGUUCAGAUUUGAUUUCAUGUCUGUUUGUAGCUUCUCUGACAUGAAGCUCUGUGCUAUUAAACUGUAUUAUAGAUCUGAUCUGCACAUGUAUUCUGUCAGCACGGUUCAUUUAUCGUCGCCGCUCAUGAUCUUCUUUACCAAUGAAAUGUUUUUUAGGUGAACAUGGCAUCACGAGUUUGUGUGGAGGAAAAUGUUCAGCAAUGUCUUUAUGUCGGCUUUUUGUCCGAGCUGACAGAUUAAAACAAAAUUUGGGAAAAGCUUCA